GAUUUAUAGCCGCAUCCAGUAGCCGAAAGAAAUACGCUCGUUUACUUAGUACAUCGUCUGCAACGCGUAUGAUGCCCAUUGCAACAAGCUGAUUGCAGAGCUCGCAUAUGCACUGAUUGUCUGAUGCUAAAAAGGGCUCUUCUCCAGUGCUUUCUCAUGCUGGUGUGCUCUGAGUUUGCACUCAACAAGAAGUGGCAUCCUUAUAAGGGCAGACGAUACGAUUUGACACUUUUUAUACGGAAUCACAACGUGACUGACGCCAAGUUCUUUCGACUGGUGGGCGUUGACAAUACGGCUGAUUUCAAUGUUUCUGCUGGAAACACGUUCGAGCACACUUUUGAGGUUCGGCGGAAAGGCUACUGGACUCUGUUCGUUGAGUUCAAUGGAGAUCGAUACGCGAAAUCGCCAAGAAAGAUAAUAUCGCGAGACUCCCACCGGAAGUGGGUGAUGGAAGUCUACUACUAUCCGGGUGCAGUCGGUUUCAGUGAAUGGCAUAAAUUGGGACGAAAAAGGGAACUAGUUUCGCUCAGACAAAUAACGCCAUCAAAGGUAAAAUUAGGAUUAAAGGAAUGUGUAAUAGUAGAAGUCAAAAAAUCUGAAACAUCGUGGGACACCAGUUUCAUUGAUAUGCUCAAAUACAUGGUAGGAGAAGCAAGCAGUAUGCGACUGAAAGCGAGUUACUAUGUGAAGUUGACGAAGAAAGCCGCGAAGUACGCGGAAAAGCAGAAGAAAUUUGAUCAAAAUCAUACAAUCUCGGUCAUGCAUGGAUGCAAGGAUCCAGUAGGAGAAGUCUGUCUUGCAGCUGUUAAUGCAAUGCUUAAAUUGUUCCGAUUUUUUAGAGGCUCGUUAUCCACUGUCACCUCUAAUUGCUGCUACCAGUGCGCGCUGCCAAAUGUGAGACGUCUUUGA